AUGAAGGACAAUAUGCAAAUAAGACUGAGCCAGAUAAGAAGAGCUUUAGGUACGUUUUUGAAGGUUGCAUGCCUAAUGUACAGAUCGAUGAGUAGCAUGCACAUCGGAAUGCUACGCUCUGCGAUGCCUCGUGGAGCGAGCAGAUUGGUUGCUUUAUUGGCCUUGACUAAACGAUCGGAACGCGCGUGCUCGCGUGCGUAUGUGCAUGUGGCUGAAAACGCGUACGCACCGACAGCGCAGGAGGACACGGCGUGCGCAACAGCACAGGCCGCGGAACUGGCUCGCGUACGACCGUGACUCUGUUAACUGCGUCUGACACCGCACUCCUACUUGGCACGCACACCUGACCGAAUGAGCGUUUCACUUGGCGGUUGAAGGUGCGUCUCGUUUCUGCAAGACCCCACCUACGCUAUGUAUGUUGAUCAGGGUAUAAAUCUGAAUUAGGUUAAAAACCGUUCCUGCGAGGAAAUUCGACUAUUACUAAAAAAUUAACAGACCAUUAGCUCUAAUCGUUUUCUUAAUAAUAAUACUUGGCCCCAUUCCUUUAGAAGAGCACUUUCCUGUUACCUUAAUAACAAUUUGGUAAUUUGAAGAGGUCUGAAAUCUGAUAAUGGUGCGAUCCAUUAGAAGAGCAUCAUAUUUUCGAGUUUAUUUAUUAGUUAAUUGAAAGGAAUCUAGCAUUUCAACCAGUGCCUUUGGAAGCAGUCAGCGUUUCGCACUUUCCCGCCUUACUUAACUAUAAUGGCGUUACCAUUAAGCAAGGAUGAGAGUCCACGUGGAAGGCAAUUGAUUUGCCUUUUUGAAUGUUGCAGAAAUCAGAUUUUCGCACGUAUUUUGAGUAAACAUGUCAUGCGGAGGUUAUUUUCCUGCUGAAGAGGUGAGAUCCGUUUUAGAGGUUAUUUUCAAACUAAAUAAAGACGCAGUUUUCAUAAGGGAGUUUCGAUUAUAUUGUUUGAGAAAUUUUGCUUAUGUCUGCCUAGUUAAACUCGUAGUUGAUCGAAUGUCUUAGGGUUGUGCCACCAACUUGAUGGAACGUCUGGAUGGUGAUCAUGUCUUUUAUUGAACGAAACUAGUAAUUUGACCUCAGUGACCGCUAUGAAAUGCAUGCUCAAAUUUUUCCCACGGUCAGGAGUGAUGGCUCACUCUGAUUCGUUAGUGCUUAAAGGACUGACUGAAGCGUUGGUAAAUCUACCUCGACUAUUUCUAGGUGUAUGA